CUCUCAUCAACACCAACAUCAACAUCUCCAUCGGACACGUCACAACCACCUCAGCCUUCUAUAACCCUUCACUAUAAUAACAAUGGGUUCCCAGGCCGAGAAAAAAGUCAGACCAAAGAGCUACCUGCCCAUCAUUAACAAGGUCGACAACGUCCCCUUGGACUUUGAUUUCAACACGCUCUACAAGCUCAUGCUUCCCAAUGACACCAGGACGCAUGGCUUCAUGCUCGAGCAGACUGUUGAGCGCCUCCCCUGGACCGCGGACUUCCACGUCGACCACGACGAGCGCAGGGUGCGCCUCCUUGACACCGCGGCCAAGGACGGCGAGGCGGACCCCGGCAGAGCCUACACGGCGGCGUUCCAGCGCGUCGUCGACGCCGCCAUCGCGUCCGACGCGUUCCCUACGCUGAACAAGCUGCACAGCGAGCAUUUUCGCAUCCUCGGCGCCAACCACUUCGUCUCCAUCGAGAGGUUCCCCGCGCCCCUGUUCGGCAUCUCGUCACGCGGCGCCCACAUGACGGCCUACGUGAGGACGGUCGAGGGGGGUAUCAAGAUCUGGGUGCCGAGACGGAGCGCCCACCUGUUUACGUUCCCCGGCCUGCUCGACACGACCGUCGCGGGUGGCGUCAAGGCCGAGGACUCGCCGUUCGACUGCAUCGUCGCCGAAGCCGCCGAGGAAGCGUCGCUGCCGGCGGACUUUGUCCGGGACAAGGCCCUCGCCGUCGGCGCCGUGACGUACGUGAGCAUGAACCGCCAGAAGGGCACCUUCUUCCCGACGGUCCUCUACGUCUACGACAUCGAGCUGCCGGAGUCGAUCAAGCCGAAGCCCGGCGACGACGAGGUCUCGGGCUUCGAGCUCAUGACUGUCGAUGAGGUCGUAGACGCCAUGCUGGAGGAGCGGUUCAAGCCCAACUGCGUGCUCGUGAUGCUCGACUUCUUCAUCCGCCACAACAUCAUCACGCCGGACAACAACGACGAGUACCUGGACAUCGUCACGAGGCUGCGGCGGCACCUGCCGGUACCCACGAGCAAGGAACAUUAACAACGGAUGAUUUGAGGCCACGACAGGAGCCAUGCAUGAAAUACCCGCGGGCAUUGAGAUACAAGGUCUCCAUCUAGAGCCCGUUUUGUUUUGCAGCUCUAUAUUCUACAUGGACCAUCUUGGUCGAUUCCAUGUGUCUAUGCAUACUAGAAUAGCGCCUACCGGGCAUUCUAAAGCUUCUUACAAAGUCUCGUGUUGUACUCAAUCCCCUCCCAGUCCUCCGUGCCGGGGAUCGCAACGGCGUAGAAGACGCCCUCGGGAUCCCACUUCUUGCGUAGGUCGAACAGCGUCGGGUAGAGAGGGCCCCAGAAGGCGUCUUGCCAGUUUGGCUGGAAAGGGUCGGCCUGUUUGCGUUGAUGUCAGCUUAGCACCCUGUUUUAUCCAACCCCUCACCCCCCCUCACCCCCAUAUGUACGAAAGCCAUCCGACAGCGGCCCAACUCACCUCGUUGACGUAGGCGCACCCCUCGGGCCCGGCCUGGCGCAGGGCCUCGUCCUGGAUGUUAGUCAAGACACCCCACAGGUCUGCCUUGGUCUCGAGGCUGGCGCCGUAGGGGACCGGCAGGAAGGAGAUGACGAAGUCGGUGGCGUUCCGGAAGGCCGGCCGGGUAGCGCUGUUGGCCUCUAGCCAUCCGUGUCCGGCGUUCUAGCUGGGCGACCAUGACGUGUCAGUAUUCUUCAUCUCGGACGAUGAGGACAUGUAGAGAUUCUGUUUGUGGGCAAGAGUUAGAAUUAGGGGUGGGAAGCGCACGUACAAGUGUCCGACGAUAGCGCCGCUGUUUUGCAGAUCCUCGCGGGGGCUCACGACGGUCCGGAAGGCAUCGACGAUCUGGUCGUUGCGCUUGUCGACGUCGGCGUGGCUGAACAUCCAGCCGCCGUUGGCCAGGUGCGUGCCCGCCUGCUCGCGCAGGAACAAGUCCGUGUAGAGGUCGUAAAAGGUGUCGAAGGCCUUGGUCGAGGACUCGAAGGGGACGCCGUUGGAGCGGAGCUCGUCGAGCAAGGGCCGGAGGAUGAUGUCCAGCUCGGCCUGGGUCUUGCCGACGGCCACGAAGGGCUGUACCUCAAGGUCCACGUGGGAGAGGUCGUAGUAGACGUGUUGUAAUUAAUCAACAACGUAUAGAACGAUUAGAAAUCAGAAUGUCUUCCGAGGCACAAUCCCACGUUGAUCAUGAUGGCC